AUGUUUCGAGGGAGGUCGAAUGGUGACCAGAUUGACCGAAUGUCUUAUGUCUAUACAACCUCGUUGUUUAUCGUCUUGGCAUUUGUAGUUGGUUUUGCUCAAUUUUUUAAAGAUCCGAUACAAUGUUGGGCUCCUGCAGAGUUCACAGACUCGAUGGUUUCUUACACCAAAAACUAUUGUUGGGUGCAGAAAACAUUCUAUGUUCCUAUGUUUGAUCAAAUUCCAGGAAAUAUUUCCGAGAGUCAGGAUGCGCAAAUUUCGUAUUAUCAGUGGGUUCCAUUGAUCUUGCUUUUCAUGGCAAUCUUAUUCCAACUUCCGAAUUUCGUUUGGAGAAUCUUAAACGGCAGAUCUGGAACUGAUUUAGAUAAUGCUGUACAAUUCGCAGAGGAAUCACAGCUUGGGUCGAUAGAGGAUCAAGAAAAGUCGAUACAAUCCCUAGCUUAUUUUAUAGACGAAUGGUUGAUCGCCAACAAUAAAAAGACUGGUAUAGCAAAACAAAUUGCAUCGAAAUAUUUAGUAGUUCUUUACCUAUUCGUCAAGAUAUUGUAUGUUUUAAAUGCAAUAGGACAAUUAGUUUUUUUGAGUGCGUUCCUUUCUACUUACUUUAACUUUUAUGGUUUUGAGUUUUUGGAAAAUUUUAGCAGCAAUAAGCCAUGGCGGGAAUCAUCAAGAUUUCCAAGAGUAAUUCUUUGCGAUUUUCAGCUGAGACAGUUUCACAAUGUACAGAUAUUUACCGUGCAAUGUGUUUUACCCAUCAACCAUUUCAACGAGAAGAUCUUCAUCGGUAUAUGGUUCUGGCUAUUUUUCAUUGCUAUUUUAGCAAUAUUUAAUUUUUUCAAGUGGUUUAAACUGAUAAUGCUUACCUUCAACAAGACACAGUUCUGCAAACAGUACUUGCAAUUAAACAACGCACUUCACACAAGUUAUGACAAAAAACGCUGCGCCCAGUUCGCAGAAAGUUACAUGAGUGAGGAUGGAGUGUUUGUAUUGCGAGUGAUGGCAAUAAAUUCUAUGGAUUUAAUAGUUACAGGUCUUGUUAAAAAACUUUGGAAAUUGUACACAAAUAAACAAAGCACAACCAAAAAAGACGAAAACUUCGAAUUUAACAUGUUUAGACCAGUCGGAAAUAGUGACGAUGACAUUAAAAAGCAUCAAAAUAAUGAACAUUUAUGA